AUGACGGAUAUUAUCCCCGUAUUAGUUUCGCUAGGCCUGGUGUCCUUACUGGCAUAUCUAUUGAGAGCCAGCUGGAAUCCCAAAACUCAGUCUCCCGAGCCACCCUCGAUCCCCAGUCAAAUUCCGCCGAUUGGACAUCUGGCUGGUUUUGUCUACUAUGGACUCGAGUACUUCCGGCUGCAGAGUGCAAGAACCGCUCUUCCUGCCUUCACCAUGGACAUGUUCUUCAACAAGGUGUAUGUCAUUAGAUCUCCACGGUUGGUCUCCGCUGUACGGCGCAGUCACCGCACCCUCUCCUUCGACCCGCUAGUCACUCGCACCGCGGAGUGUGUUGGGGGAAUCAGUGGCUGUGGCCUCGACCGUAUCCGAGAAAAGGCUUCCCAGGGCCAGGGACUUGGGCAUCACACAGUUGUUGCUUUGCGCCCCACCUUGCUGGGCAAAGGAUUGGACCAGAUGAACGAGAUUAUGGUCUCCUGUCUGCAAAGCAGCGUCCAAGAGCUGAGGCCUCAUCGUGGCAGAGUUGAUCUCUAUGGCUGGUGCAGACUUGCAAUGACAAUUGCCAGCACAGAAGCAGUUUAUGGGCCACUGAAUCCCUACAGCCAAAUUAGUGCCCGAGAAGCUUACUGGUUAGCUCGAUAUCCAUUCAAACUCUUUUUCAACGCCGCAUUUUUGGAGCUGACUGAAAACGUAUGUACCAUGUAUAGGGAAGUCGAGGAGAACCUUAGUUUUCUCAUGAUAGGCAUCGCGCCAUGGCUGGUUGCACGGAAGGCUUGGAAGGGGCGACAGCAUCUGGCACAGGCUUUUCUCCAGUACUACCAGUCCGGAGGCCAUCUUAAUGCAUCCGAGUUAGCGUAUGCACGAUGGCAAUCGCAGAACGAGGCCGGGGCAGCUCUGGAGGACAUUGCUCGGCUAGAGGUAGUCAUGGGCCUCGGAUUGCUCUCCAAUACAGUCCCCACCAGCUUCUGGGUGAUAUUCGAUAUAUUCUCACGCCCAAAACUAGUCCAAGAGAUCCGGGAUGAGAUUUGUGGAAAGGUGUUGUCUAUCAGCCCGGAUGGUGUAUAUACAGUUGACCUGGCGGACGUUCAGGAGCGCUGUUCCCUCUUACUCGCAUCGUUCCAAGAAACCCUCCGGAUUCGAUCCAACUCGGCGCAGUUCCGCAUGGUAUACGAGGAUACUAUGCUAGACGAUUCGUGUCUCGUCAAAGCCGGCUCGAUCAUAGUGAUGCCAGCCGCUGUCAUAAACCGAGACGAAUCGGUAUGGGGCCCUACGCCUGAUGAUUUUAACCCUCAACAGUUUCUGGCUCCAGGGGUUAAAAGGCACAAAGCUUCGGCAUUCAUGUCAUUCGGGACAUCUCCCCAUAUUUGUGCUGGCCGUCAUUUUGCCACGGGGGAAAUCCUGGCUCUGAUAACGAUGCUGAUCCUGCAGUUUGACAUUUCUCCGGUCGGGGAUGGUUGGAUAGAGCCUGCAGCUAAUGUAAAAGCGGUGGCAGCAUCGCUAAGCCCGCCAGUUGGUCAGACUCCUGUCAUCUUCAGCGAGAGACAGGAGCUCAAGGGCGUGAAAUGGGACUUUAAAGUGACACCCGGCAAAGGUAGGUAUAGUUUAGUCACUGGCUAA